AUGUUGCCCUUUGUCGAAGUGAGCCAUCUCCCUUCUUCUGCGUCCUUCUACUCGGCCAUUACACAGCCGUUGGGCCUGCAAUACAUAUCUGCAGUUGAUCCUGUCUCAUCAGCUGUCGUACCGGGGACACACUCCCUCACGUACGGCCUGAACACAUCGCCCCCAACACCCGUGUUCGAGCUGCGCCACGUGAGGCCCACCGCCGAAAGACCGCUCAGGCUAUCACGCCUUGUUUUUUCUGCAAGCUCGCCAAGCGUCGCCAGGCGAUUCCAGGCUGCGGUACAAAGAUUCCACGAAGCGGACGGCAGAGCAUCACCACCCUACUCCUCCUCUCCUGAUUGUGAGACGUCUUGGUUGACGGACGACUGGAGGCUGUCAGUCACGACCACGGGGUCGGAUAUGGACGGUAACACAAUGGACGUUGUCUACAUUCCCCCUCCACAGUAUCCAGAGAGCUUCUCCGGGUCGACCUUUCGAAAAACGAACUCCACAGAGGGCGAGAUCAAUCGGAUCAUGAGCUGGAACUACGAUGUAGCCAAGUCAGACAUGUCACCUCGCACGCCUUUUGAUCCGCCCAAUGGUGCUGCCUCGCCACCGUCGCUGUCGGCACGUCUGAACCGUUACUCCGAUGACGAUAUGUCUCCCGUCAUCCGACGCACGGUCACGAGAACGACCGUGUACGGGCCGGUCGAGCCAGCGCCAUCACCGCGGCAGAACUCCAGUGGAUCCCUGACUGCUGGAGCCGUCGUUGGGCUGCUGGGUCUCACGGCGGCCAGCGCUGCCAUCGGUGCCGGCGUCGCCUAUGGUGUGAUGAAGGACCGGACGAGGCAGGAUCUUGAACCUCCCAUGUUCCAGCGCAGGUCAACCGAGCCUCUUGGUGGCCCUCGCGGUCGAGACCUGGGGUACGAGCGAGGCGAGAGGCAAUACCUGUCGUCGUCUGUUGCGGACCGUCGUCCCCCGCCGACCCUCUUAUCGAGGCCUCCCAGGGAUGCAGACAGCGGGUACGAUGACGGCCGCAGCCGCCACUCGUCCUCACGCUUCAGGCCCUCGGGCGGCGCCAGUACUCGCACCCGCAGCGAGGUGUCCUCGGGCCGGAAGCCUCUCUUGUUGACAGACGUCGAGCACCGCAGCCCUACCGGCAGUUCCAGGCACAGCGCCAGGACCAGCGAGAUGGAGGGGCUGGUUGCCGCUCCUGCCGACUACCGGAGCCAUGCCGGCGGCUCGCGCCACACGUCCGCCAGGUCCAUGCACGGCGCGGCUGCACCGUCGAUUCGACGCAGCAGCACUUACGAUGCAGCGGCCGAUGCGGACAGGGACACCUAUGUGUCGACCCGGAGCCACCGCACGACAAGCACCGUCCGAGGGCCCCCUCGGCCCACAACCCAAGGCUGCGAGCCGGGUGUCAGGAGGGACCGGCCUGCGAAGGGGCGACAGCUACGUCUCUACGCGCGACGCCGCGGCGGCAGCGCCACUACCACCGCCGUCUGUCAGCCGCGCAGCGAGUUAUGUCUCGGCAAAGAGGGUUCCGUUGCCGGCGAGUGGGGUAGGAAGCAGCAGAGGCGAGUAUGAGGAUGAUGUGUGCAGUAUUGCGCCUAGUGAUAGUAUCAGUUGUAUUGGGAGUCGAAAGGGCUCGAGAGUUCAUUGCUGAUCCUCUUCCCUUGGGUCAGCCAUGGGGUAGGCCUUUUCUCUCUUUGUGGCCUUGGGACUUGGGACGAUCGUCUUAUUUUUCCCAUUCUUUUUCACUCCUCUUUCCUUUUCCCUUCAUCUUUUUUUUUCUCCCUUUCCUUCUUCAUGGUUGUUUCUUCCAUCAUUUGAGUCCCAUUAUUAUCCGUAGAACAGCAGGAAUGACUAACACGACAGUAACAACAACCUGGAUGCACUUCUUUUGGAAGUAGCAGUUGUGUGGACUUGCCCGUGACAGAGCAAUCUGAAACGGCGGGCAGCAUUUUCCUUGUUUUUUUCUUCUCUUUACCUUUGGUUAUCUUCGUCUUGUUCUUCGUGAGGGCCAGGACUGCACAAAUGCAUUGCAAGCGAGAUCAGGAAUGGCGCCCAGAGAAUCUCAUAACUGUUACCUCGCAUAAUGA